ACAACAGAGGCUCCUACAACAACCACAGCUGCAUCUAUAACUACGACAGCUUCUCCCACUACAACCACGGCUGCCCCUACAACUACCACAGCUGCUCCCACUACAACCACAGCCGCCCCUACAACCACAACAGCUUCUCCCACUACAACCACAGCUGCUCCCACUACAACCACAGCUGCCCCCACAACUACAACAGAGGCUCCUACAACAACCACAGCUGCACCUGCAACUACAACAGCUUCUCCCACUACAACCCCAGCUGCCCCUACAACUACCACAGCUGCUCCAACAACAACCAUAGCUGCUCCCACUACAAUCACAGGUGCUCUCACUACAACCACAGGUUUUCCCACUACUACCAUUGCUGCUCCCACUUCAACCACAUAUUCUCUCACUACAACCACAGCUGCUCCCACUACAACCACAGCUGCCCCAACAACUACCACAGAGGCUCCAACAACAACCACAGCUGCACCUACAACUACAACUGCUCCCACUACAACCACAGCUGCCGCUACAACCACCACGGAGACUCCAACAGCUCCAACAUCUUCUCCCACUACAAACACAGCUGCUCCCACUACAACCACAGCUGUUCCCACUACAACCACAGCUUCUCCCACUACAACCACUGCUUCUCCCACUACAACCACAGCUGCCCCUACAACUACCACACCUGCUCCAACAACAACCACAGAUGCUCCCACUACACUGCCCCUUCAACUACAACAGGCUGCACCCACUUCAACGACAGAUGCUCCUACUACAACCACAGCAGCUCCCACUACAACCACAGCUGCCCCUACAACUACAACAGCUAGUCCGAUUACAACUGCAGCCCCCUAUACAACUACCACAGCUGCUCCCACUACAAUCACAGCUGCCCCUACAACCACCACAGAUGCCCCCACUACAACCACAGCUGCUCCGACUACAACCACAGCUGCGCCAACCACCACCCCAGCUGCCCCUACAACCACCACAGCUGCUCCCACUACAACCACAGCUGCCCCCACAACUACAACAGAGGCUCCUACAACUACAUCAACUGCACCUACAACUACAACAGCUUCUCCCACUACAACCACAGCUGCCCCUACAACUACCACAGCUGCUCCCAUUACAACCACAGCUGCCCCUACAACCAACACAGCUUCUCCCACUACAACCACAGCUGCUCCAACUACAACCAAAGCUGCCCCUACAACUACCACAGCUGCUCCAACAACAACGACAGCUGCUCCCACUACAAUCACAGCUGCUUCCACUACAACCACAGCUGCCACUACAACCACCACAGCUGCUCCCACUACAACCACUGCUGCCCCUACAACUACCAAAGCUGCUCCCAAUACAACCUCAGCUCCCCCAACAACUACAACAAAGACUCCUACAACAACCACAGCUGCAUCUACAACUACAACAGCUUCUCCCACUACAACCACGGCUGCCCCUACAACUACCACAGCUGCUCCCACUACAACCACAGCUGCCCCCACAACUACAACAGGGGCUCCUACAACAACCACAGCUGCACCUACAACUACAGCAGCUUCUCCCACAACAACCACAGCUGCCCCUACAACUACCACAGCUCACUACCAGAUUAACCACCACUAG